AUGUUUGAGCUUCCCGAUGCAAAGAGAGUCCGCCGGGAGGAUUUACGUGCAUCGGAUGAAUCUUCGUGGAGCGAGAGUGAAGCAGACUCAGAGCUGGAGGCAAGGCUCAAUGCACAAAUCGCCAGAUCACUUGGAAUAGACGAGAGUGCAUUUCGCGCGCCGAAACCACAGGUUCCCUUGCCUGUACCUACCAAACCUCAGGCUAAUGGUAGUAAAGAAGACGAUGGGCUCAGCUCUGAUUCGGAAAGUGAACCAAAGACUCCCGCCGAUGAUUCUACGUUCAACCAAGGUGGCGAGGUUGAGGAUGAAGCCUAUGCCUUUCGGCUCUUCAGCACGGCUGGUCCGGCGCCAACGGUUGUUCUUGAAAACUACGACAGAGUUGUAGAAGGCAAACUCCUCAGGGGUCGGCCGUUAUCAUACUACUUGGUAACGGACGUGUCACCAGAGAAGAAGCAGCAGUACGAGAUGGUAGCAGUGAGCGGAGAAGACGUCCUCGCGCGAUCUAAAGUGAGGGAAUGGGGCCUUGAGCUCCCCUGGCGAGUCACAAACAUACAAGUCACGAGGAAAGCCCGCCCAGGAGAAGGGGCGAAUCUCACUCGUGUCGACGAUGAGCAGCAGGCGAAGAGGAAGAAGCCGGGGAAGAAGCGCAGGAUAGCGAUGAGGACGGAGGCAAGGGCAAAGGAGCAGGCUGAAGCGGCGGCGAAGCAGAAGAUGGCUGAAAAGAAGGAGCAGGUGAAGGAGAAGAAGAAGAGGUUGAAUAAAUUGAAGAAGGCGAGAAGAAAGGCGAAGAGAAAGGCUGGCAAGGGCGAGAAUGGUGGAGGCGGUGGUGAGUCGGGGGAGGGCUCUUCUGAUGAGGAGUAA